AUGCCCGGGCCGGGUCCCCGGCCGCCACCGCGCCCCUGCCCGAUGCUGCUCCUGCCCCUGGCGGCCCUCGUGCUCGGGUGGCCACCGCCCGGGGGCGCCCUGUCCCUGGCGCAGAAGAGCGCCCCGAGCUCGGGGGACCUCGGGGACGUGGGGACCGACGCCGCCGCCGCCACAGGGUCCCAGGAGCUGCGGAAAGGCUACGAGGAGCUGCUGGCCAGGCUGCGGGCGAACCUCAGCCGGGAGGACUCGAACUCAGAGCCCGCGCCCGUCCCCGCCGCCGGGACGCUCAGCCCAGAGCGUGAAGCGCGCGCGAGCGCCGGCGACGACUGUCCGCUCGGGCCCGGGCGCUGCUGCCGGCUGCACACGGUGCGCGCGUCGCUGGACGACCUGGGCUGGGGCGACUGGGUGCUGUCGCCGCGCGAGCUGCAGGUGACCGUGUGCGCGGGCGCGUGCCCCAGGCGGUUCCGCGCGGCCAACGCGCACGCGCAGGUCAGGGCGCGUCUCCACGGCCGCAAGGCGGAGGUGCCCGCCCCGUGCUGCGUGCCCUCCGGCUACAGCCCCGUGGUGGUCCUGCAGAAGACGGGCGCCGGCGGCGUGGCCCUGCAGACCUACGACGACCUCCUGGCCAGGGAGUGCCACUGCGUCUGAGCGGCCUCAGUCUGCCCCGCCUGCAGAAUGGGCCCGCGCGCCCGCUGCCCGUGCGUGCGCCCUGCCCGCGCCGCCGUGUUUAUACGUCUGUAUUUAUUCUUAACUUAUUGGGGUCGGCCUGCCCU